GUUUAUAUCUUUUGUCAUGAGAGUUAGAGGCUAGCGUCAGGAUCAUUGAUCCCCCUUGUGUGUUUGUAUGGAACUAAGAUCAGUUUGCUGCAUGUUACGUCGGAUCAAAUACGCAGGAAGGGGUACAAGACUAAACUCUUGCCGUGUCGACUUGUACUGUGAUAUCCCUGUUAUGACGGCACAUUGAACGAUGCGCAUUUUUCGAGUUAGUCGCCUGAUUGACAGAUAAGAGUAAUACUAGUCAUGAGCCAGCAAAAGUUGUUAUUGCGUCACGUGCAGUUCCUGUUUCAUCUUCGAAAAGUGAAGAACAUUAUAUGCUUUUGAUGUGUCUAAGUUUCAUAGUCUUCCACGAUGUAACUUUUCCUACUGUUCCUAUUGGUCGUCGAGGUAUUACUUGAGAAGGAUAGGUUUCGUGAACGGUAUAUUUGUCGCUUAUCUUAACAAACUAAAACAAGGAACCCGAAACUUGUUUAUCAUACUUUUUUGAAACAACUCAGAUCCAGUGUAAUCCAACUCCAUGUCAUUCUGGUUAGGAGAUAAUUCCAUUGGGAGCGGCAUACAGCUUCCCACUUACCGAGUGACUACCGAAAAUGAAUCUAUUAAAUCUGUAUACAGCGAUCACUCCUCGCGCUUACGCUGUUCACGAGGUCAUGGAGUUGCGCCUUCAAACUAUCAUACUCACCGCUCACGGUCGCCACGACAUUCUCACCGUUCCAAGAAAAUUAGUCAAUCCAUUUCGGAAAAUAAAGCUUUGGAGAGAUCGGGAAUAAGCCGAUGCAAUGACGAGAUCAUAGAGGUACAGAUUCUACCUCAGGAUGAUAACUGGGGAGACAACACUACUGCCGUUACGGGCAAUAGCAGUAAUCACUCAAUGUCCAUAGAGAACUUGUAUAAAAUGGGAGGCGAUUGGGACGAAGGUUGGAUCUUCAAGUGCCAAAUGUGGACGGGUUCGUUUAUUGCCAUCCUCUUGUUUUUCUGUUCAUUUAUUUCUCCAUUAUUAAUGGUUGUUUUGCCUAAACUUGACUUCUUUGAUUGGAAAGUGCAAAAAUGUGGACCCGAAUGCGAUGGUUUACUGAUUAGUCUAACAUUUAAAUUAAUUAUAUUACUUUUUGGUACGUGGGCUGUUUUUCUUCGUCGACCCAAAGCAACAAUGCCAAGAAUAUUCAUUUUUCGUGCUUUUGUUUUAGCUUUAGUUUUAGUUUUUACAUUUUCCUACUGGCUAUUUUACAGCGUUCGAAUUGCCGAAAAGCGAAAUAACGAUCACGAAGUAGCCUAUCACAGUAUAGUUCUCUUCGCGGUAUCACUAGUUGAUACGUUGCUUUUUGUUCAUUACUUAGCUGUCAUCUUCAUCGAAGUGCGCCAUCUUCAGCCUCAGUACUUUGUUAAAAUAGUUCGUUCACCAGAUGGAGAAAGUCACUGUUAUAACAUGGGCCAAUUUAGUAUACAACGAGCAGCCGUCUGGGUUCUAGAACGAUAUUAUCAAGAUUUUUCUCUCUACAAUCCCUACCUUGAGACAUUGCCCUCAAAAUCUCACAAGUUAUCGUACGGCCUAAAAGUUUAUAAUGUAGAUGGAGUGGAUAAUUCGUCGGUUCUUUCUAAUUCGAUGGCCAUUCCAACAGGGAAUGGUCGACGACGAGAGUCUAGUCAUAAUGACCGUUUUUAUAACGAACAAGAAUACGACAGACGAGUGAAAAAGAGAAGAGCGAGACUUAUUACAGCUGUAGAAGAGGCUUUUACGCAUAUAAAACGUCUUCGCGAUGAGCCAGGUCCAGCAAUACCCAUGGAUCCAACAGAGGCAGCUCAGUCCAUCUUCCCUUCCAUGGCACGUGCUCUUCAAAAGUAUCUAAGAAUCACGAGACAACAGCCUCGACAUAGCAUGCAAGCUAUCCUCGACCACUUAGCACUUUGUUUAAGCCACGACUUGAGUCCGCGUACAUUCCUUGAAAAGUAUAUUACAGAAUCACCCAUAUUGCAGAGUGACAAAGAACAAAAGCCUGUUCAGAAGUGGGCUUUGGUGUGUGGCACACUUCUCUCGCGUGCUGUAGAAGCCGGAUGUGUAUUUAUGUUACGUCAGAAUGACGUUUCAUUGCUAGUAACAGUUCAUCAGUUACCACAUUUUAACAUUAUCGAAGAAAUCAUUGACCCUAAGACAAACAAGUUUGUACUACGAUUAAGCUCUGAAACUUCGGUAUAACAACAUUAACUAGUCUGUUUCAGUUGUAACAAAAAAUCUUCGUAAUCUGCCAGAGUAGUAACCUGAAUGACGUUUGAACAACAAUAUUAGUUUUAUGUUGUCCAAAAUACUAUACUUUUACUGAUACAUUUAAAAAGGAAAGUUAGUGUCAAUGUAUGAAGAUCGUGAAGACAUACAUUUGUUCUUCCAACAACCGAAGCGAAGAAUACCUUACAAAUCUCAAGAUUUUAUCCACAGCGUAAACGUUCUAAUAUUUUUACUUUCAAAGAAAGUGGUUCUAAAUGUGGCUCUAUCAAUUUUAGUAGCAAUAGCGAACGAAAGAAAUAAUUCCUGAUUAUUAAAAAUGUUACACAUAAGAAACUACUUGUGUGGAACGUAAAUACGUUUCUUUGUGAAACUGCCUAUAUAUCAUCCAUUUUAUAUUUAUGUCAGUUAGUGAUGAAUUAGGCAUACAUGAACAUUGUAAGGACCUUGGUAAGCCGCGAAAUGUAUCGUUAAUACAGAAAAUAUGUACAUCAGUAGGCUAUUUGAUAUGAUAUGGUAAUAUAUAUGUGUUUGUGAGUCAUAUACAUAAUGUUUAUAAACAUUUGUGAUGAAUUACUUAUCCUUAUAUUGUGAGAUUAACUGUUUGAUGUGAAGAAGCAAUAAACAAGAUUUUUGUCAUUCUUUACUCAUGAUUACUUUUUCUCAUAUAUUUAUCCAUUUGCUAUUUACUUAUAACGUGAGACUUCCAUCGUAAAUAAAGAAUGAACCAUAAAGGUUCAUAAUAUGAUA